GUGACCUCGACAUUUCUCUCGGAUUGUUUUGCCCUCAGACGUUUGCUGAGGAAAAAUGUAAAUAAGACUGCAGGAAGAAUUGGACACUGUGCAGACUGUUCAGACUUCACUAUCUGAAUCUCCAGUGAUGACCAGCCCUUCCCAACGUAUCCAGAUAAUUUCCACAGACUCCUCUGUAGCUUCACCACAACGCAUUCAGAUUGUGACAGAUCAGCAAACAGGUCAAAAAAUCCAAAUAGUGACAGCGGUGGACUCAGCUGUGUCUCCAAAGCAACAGUUUAUUUUAGCCAGUCCAGAUGGAACUGGUACAGGAAAGGUGAUAUUGGCAGCGCCUGAGACAUCUAAUGCCAAACAGCUUAUCUUUACCACCACAGACAACAUUGUGCCAGGCAGAAUUCAGAUAGUGACAGACUCUGCUUCGGUGGAACGUUUGCUGGGAAAAGCUGAUGUUCAGCGGCCCCAGGUAGUAGAAUAUUGCGUAGUCUGUGGUGAUAAAGCAUCAGGUCGUCAUUAUGGUGCUGUCAGUUGUGAGGGAUGCAAAGGUUUCUUUAAAAGGAGUGUGAGGAAGAAUUUGACCUACAGUUGUCGUAGCAACCAGGACUGUAUCAUCAAUAAACACCAUCGGAAUCGCUGCCAGUUUUGUAGGCUUAAGAAAUGUCUAGAGAUGGGCAUGAAAAUGGAAUCGGUUCAAAGUGAAAGAAAGCCUUUUGAUGUGCAACGUGAAAAACCGACCAACUGUGCAGCUUCCACUGAAAAAAUCUAUAUCAGAAAAGAUCUACGAAGCCCUCUAAUAGCAACUCCAACAUUUGUGGCAGAUAAAGAUGGGACACGGUCAGCAGGUCUUCUUGAUCCGGGAAUGCUUGUGAAUAUUCAGCAGCCUUUGAUCAGGGAUGAUGGUACAGUCCUCCUAGCUGCUGACUCCAAGGCUGAAACAAGCCAGGGUGCUUUAGGAACACUAGCAAAUGUUGUAACAUCCCUUGCUAAUCUCAGUGAGUCACUAAAUAAUGGAGAUACUUCUGAAGUUCAACAAGAAGAGCAAUCUGCAAGUGAGAUUACACGGGCAUUUGAUACUUUGGCUAAAGCACUUAAUACCACAGAUGGUACAGCAGCUCAUAACUUGGCAGAUGGGAUGGAUCCUACAGGAGGAGGGAAUAUUCAUGUAAUCAGUAGAGAUCAGUCAACACCAAUUAUUGAAGUGGAAGGACCCCUACUUACAGAUACACAUGUCACAUUUAAGCUGACAAUGCCCAGUCCAAUGCCAGAGUACCUUAAUGUACACUACAUCUGUGAGUCAGCAUCACGACUACUUUUCCUCUCUAUGCACUGGGCUAGGUCCAUACCUGCAUUUCAAGCUCUGGGGCAGGACUGUAAUACAAGCCUUGUGCGUGCCUGCUGGAACGAGCUGUUUACCUUAGGCCUGGCACAGUGUGCACAGGUGAUGAGUCUGUCUACUAUCCUAGCAGCUAUUGUCAACCAUCUCCAGAACAGCAUACAGGAAGAUAAACUUUCUGGAGACAGAAUAAAGCAAGUCAUGGAACACAUCUGGAAACUUCAGGAGUUCUGUAACAGCAUGGCCAAACUUGAUAUUGAUGGAUAUGAAUAUGCAUACCUUAAAGCUAUAGUCCUCUUUAGCCCUGAUCACCCUGGUCUGACCAGUUCAACCCAAAUAGAAAAAUUCCAGGAGAAGGCACAGAUGGAAUUGCAGGACUAUGUACAAAAAACCUAUCCAGAAGAUACUUAUAGGCUAGCCCGGAUUCUAGUUCGCCUGCCAGCACUUAGGCUGAUGAGCUCUAGCAUUACCGAGGAACUAUUUUUUACUGGUCUCAUUGGAAAUGUUCCCAUUGACAGCAUAAUCCCCUACAUUCUCAAAAUGGAAACAGCAGAAUAUAAUGGUCAAAUAACUGGCACGUCUGCGUAGUGGGAACAACACAAUUUGAUGGAUUGAAGUAAUUUUCGUAAAAACAUACAAUUACGAAGUUAAAAGAAUAGCAUUUUGGUAUGUACAAAUAUUUCCAACUUGUUUUCAGUUUCCUGUCAGAUUUCUCCUUGUCUGUUUGCUGACAUUGACAAAAUUUAAGCAGCUAUUAAAAGACCUGUUAUAGGACCUUUUCUGCCACAAGGAAUAUUUUUGAUGCCUUUCAUUUAAAAGGCUAUAGAUUACUGAACAUACUUUUCACAUGCUUUGUAUUUAGAAAUUAUCAGUGGUUAAAAACAGAGUUUUAUAAUACCAGAGAUUAGUAAUAAAAUUACUUUAAAAGUAAAAAGAACAGUAUGUAUAUAUUUAAAAAUAUCCUUGGAAUUAAUAUCUAAUAAAUGCCAGGGUAUAAUACUAGCACUUUGUAAGCACUUCUUGUCAAAACGACAAUGUCAUCAACAUCCUGCUUAUGAGUAUGGAAAAUGAAAUAAAUUGCAUAUGUCCUUAAUCAAAAUGCUAGUGAUUUCUGUGAAAAUGUACAAUGCUACAGGAGACAAUCAUUUAUUCUACAAAAAGUCACUUGCUCUUAUGUUAUGCAUGAAAUAUUAAUGUGGAUUCUUAAAUCAGAUAUCCACAUUAUAUGAAACUAUACUGUUAAAUUAGUGCAGUUGUAAUUCACAGUACGAUGCAGUCAUAGUGACUAUUACGUGCUACGGGAAUUACCCAAACUAGGAGAAAAAAUGUGUUUCUUGCCACAGUAAUGAUGAAAUAUUCAGGUUCCUUAAAGUUUCUAUUCAGACCAACACAGUCAUGACAAAUGUUAGAAUAUAGGAAGCCUUUUGAUUCUGGGGAAAAUUGGUCAUUAACUGGAAGAAGUCAUUUUCAAGUAGAGCUGUGUGAUGCUCUCUGAGUAUGCUCUUUGUAUUUCCAAAUUUACUCCUUCUCUCUGUACUCCUAAACACCCUCAUCAUCCAGCCAAAGGUACAAUUUAAAACCUGAAAUGUGGUAGAACCUCUGGCUGUCAAGACAGCUGGCAAGACAGCUCUCUUACUUACAAAGCUCUCUUACUUUAUUUCUGCCCUCCUCCCUCCCCUUCCCUGACUGAGCACUCCCAAUUUUGCAGUGCUCUCAACCUUCCUAUGACUCAGUUUGAAAUAUAGUUAGGAUUUACAUUGUCAUGUACAAUUGCAGUUAAUGACUGAUAUACCAUGGAGUUAUAAAAUUCACUACUUUUUAAUUGUCUAGAGUGAUGAGCCAUCAACAUGUUUUCUAGUAUUGGCCAUUAGCUGCUAGCAUUGCUUUCAUUUUAGUAUAAUUUAUUAUUAUUGACAUUAAAUAUUUUAAACAAUCGAAGUUUAACAAAAAGUCAUGGCAAUUAAUACCUUCAUCUGAUCCUGGCUCAUUAGAUGCAUCAAUUAUUGUAAUUAUUUGUAUGGUAGAGGCAUUUUCUACUUGUGUACUUUUUUGUGACAAAAAUCUGUAAGUUCAGCACUACUUUUUUCUUCUGUUAUUGACAUUUAUUUAGAAACACCAACCAGGUUGGUUUUCGUGUCUUUUAAGGGUCUGAAUUGUAGCCAAAAGACCUUAAGCAGCUCUAGAUGAGGCUUCUGAUGUAAUAAAAAGUCUUGACCUGGUGCACUUCAUUCUCAGGAGGAGGCUAACAUUUGUAGCACUCAUUGUGACACGGAAGGCUAUUUAAUUUUAGCUUCUGGAUGCAUUAGUGUCUUCUACAGUUACCAUUAUUACAGCAUUCAGGAUCUUCUUUUCUCAAAAGGGUUUUACAAAGAGUCCAAUAUACAUGCAGAGAUUUGUAAUAUUGCACUUUCAUUUUUCUUGGCUUUUGCUAUAGCAAAUGAAAUUGUCAUAUUUUUAAUGUGACGGAAGGUCCACACUCUGAAUGUUACGUCAACUGGAAUGCAGAAUUUUAUACUAGCUGUUUUAUUGCAGUGUAACUUCUUGUGUGAUUGUAUCAGCACUUCCAAUGCAAAGUCCCUGUUUUAAGGGUAUACAACUUAAAAAUUAAUUGUGAUAUUAACAUCAGAAGAAGUAGCUACCUUGGAAAGAGUUGUGGCCAUUUUUGUUAAAAUUUAAAAUUUUAUUGGGUUAUGUCAUUGUUGUUCUAAAAGCAGUAUGCAUUGAACUAUUGUGAUAUUUUUCAUUGCAAAUAAGAUUAUGCAGUUUAAUUUGCUUUCAGUAUUUUGUAAAAAUCAUUUAAGCAGAUAAGUAAGCAUUGUUAAUGACAAUGAGAUAUUCCUUAGCACAAAAACUAGCCAUUGGAAUCUUUUUUCCCAAAUUUGAAUACACACCAGCUGGCUUUUUCAUGACAAACAUCAUUUCAACUUCCAAUUUUUCAAGUAAAAGGGCACCAUUUUCCGUGCAAAAAUUUGUUUCCCUAAUUUUUCUUACUUGUGCUGUGAGUGUAACAGUUCAGGAAACAAAAUAAAGCCACUACAGUUUUUUGGGAACAGAGGGAUUGCAUGAAAUAAAACUUAAAAUGUAUGCAUUGUAUUACAUUUCUAAAUCAAAAUGGUAAAUAUCAUGCAGCUCUGUUUACAAAUAAACUAUACUCCCUACAAAUGCAAGGCCACAUAAUGCUAUCCUUGAUCUAUCUCUGGUAGUCACUUUCUCUGCAAAUUGUUCCCUGGACUUUAGGGAUAAAAUAUUAAUUUGUGUAAAUGGAGUAACAAUAAUGCAAUCCAUAUCUAGGGUUUAUUUAUUGUGCAUGCAUUUAAUAAAUGAAAUGAAGCAGUUCCAUACUUAAGAUUCCGAUAUUACCACCUAAAAGCUAUAAAGUCUCUCUUUGUAUAGCAUCAUUAGCAUGAUUUGCUGGCUUGCAUUAGUCAGAACCAAGCUAAUUUAGUCCUUAUGCCAUUAACAAAAAGUACUUUCUCUAACUAUACACUAUUUUGAUUCCAAGACUAACAGUUUGGAUUGUAGAAAUUUGGACGGCAGAUGGUAGAUCCUAGAGCUUAAGAAAUAUCCAGAAUCUAAAAUGUUUUGCAUAUUUGAAUAUUAGCUAUAAAUAAUAAGACAGAUGUGAUGAAUAACCUAACACUUCUUUCUCACAUGCUGCUCAAGGGCUGUCAGAAAAAUGAGCCAAAGAUUUGGCAUAUGAUGGAGAGACACUGAAAGGAAUCACUUAAAACACUGCCAUAUAAAACUAUAAACCAUCUUCUCCAGUGCAGUAAGGCUCUUUGCACUAAAUUUCAAGUGUAAUCACAGAAUCACAGAAUGGCUGAGGUUGGAAGGGACCUCUGGAGGUCAUCUGG